UUGGGGUUUAUAUUUCGCCGGUGCUCAGCUGAUGGGCGCAUUGGUCCCUGCAACGUUCACCCAGUAGGUGAGUCACUGCAUCCUGAUCUGUAGAGGGUCAACUUUAGACUUACCAUUGGAUGGACAAUUCUUGCAAGAUAAUAUUCACACAACUGUCCCUAUUUAAUUACAUUGUUAUUUUAUCAGUUUUGGUUAUAAAAACAUUAUAAUACACUUUUAAGCUAUUGGAAUGUUACUUCUUACCAUAGAGUUUUGAAUGAAAUUAUUAUUGUUUAUGUAUUCAUAUACUUCAAAUAUAAUAUUUCAGUCUGAACAUGGCUUCUUGUGCAGAUUUGACAACUAAUGACAAGUACCUACCUGGUGUUUCAAAUUUUUGUUUACUGUGAAGUUGGGUUUGUUUCAUGCCAUUUCUUCUCAAUUAAAGUAAAAUUGAAGGCUACAUGAGUUAAACGUAGCAAUGUUUGGCAAUAUUUGUGUGAUGAGAUCGUAUACACCAGAUUACAUUUAAUAUGGUUUGCCGAUAGACCAUACUGUCAUAUACAGUCAGAGUAGUCUACACCUGUUGAGUGACCGCUUGCUGUACAUAGUCUAGCCAUCACUGUGUAGUCUGAGGAAGCAACUGGCAUCAAAGCCAUGUGACAUCCUCAUAGAAUAGAACAUCUGCUUGGAUGUUUUUUUUCUCUCCAAAUGUCUGAAUGAGUUGACAUCUCACUUAGUUUGUUUUAGUCAGUGACACUGUAGUUACUGUAGCUCAGUCCGGUAGUACAGGCUACGAUCUGUACUGUAGCUCAGUCCGGUAGUACAGGCUACGAUCUGUACUGUAGCUCAGUCCGGUAGUACAGGCUACUAUCUGUACUGUAGCUCAGUCCGGUAGUACAGGCUACGAUCUGUACUGUAGCUCAGUCCGGUAGUACAGGCUACGAUCUGUACUGUAGCUCAGUCCGGUAGUACAGGCUACGAUCUGUACUGUAGCUCAGUCCGGUAGUACAGGCUACGAUCUGUACUGUAGCUCAGUCCGGUAGUACAGGCUACGAUCUGUACUGUAGCUCAGUCCGGUAGUACAGGCUACGAUCUGUACUGUAGCUCAGUCCGGUAGUACAGGCUACGAUCUGUACUGUAGCUCAGUCCGGUAGUACAGGCUACGAUCUGUACUGUAGCUCAGUCCGGUAGUACAGGCUACGAUCUGUACUGUAGCUCAGUCCGGUAGUACAGGCUACGAUCUGCACCUCCUGCUAAGGGUGUAUGAGUGCUGAAAGGCAGAGACACACUUCUAAAAGUAUCUUCCAGUAGAAACUGUAGCAGGGCUUUUUGGAAAUGCCGAUAGCUGGACAUGGCACAUGUCAUGUUCUCUAUGAUAGAUGAACUGGUGUAUGGUAUCAUGGUACAUGUCAUGUUCUCUAUGUUAGCUGGACUGGUGUAUGGUAUCAUGGUACAUGUCAGGUUCUCUAUGAUAGCUGGACUGGUGUAUGGUAUCAUGGUACAUGUCAUGUUCUCUAUGAUAGCUGGACUGGUGUAUGGUAUCAUGGUACAUGGAAGGUUCUCUAUGAUAGCUGGACUGGUGUAUGGUAUCAUGGUACAUGUCAGGUUCUCUAUGAUAGCUGGACUGGUGUAUGGUAUCAUGGUACAUGUCAUGUUCUCUAUGUUAGCUGGACUGGUGUAUGGUAUCAUGGUACAUGUCAUGUUCUCUAUGAUAGCUGGACUGGUGUAUGGUAUCAUGGUACAUGUCAUGUUCUCUAUGAUAGCUGGACUGGUGUAUGGUGUCAUGGUACAUGGAAGGUUCUCUAUGAUAGCUGGACUGGUGUAUGGUAUCAUGGUACAUGUCAUGUUCUCUAUGAUAGCUGGACUGGUGUAUGGUGUCAUGGUACAUGGAAGGUUCUCUAUGAUAGCUGGACUGGUGUAUGGUGUCAUGGUACAUGGAAGGUUCUCUAUGAUAGCUGGACUGGUGUAUGGUAUCAUGGUACAUGUCAGGUUCUCUAUGAUAGCUGGACUGGUGUAUGGUGUCAUGGUACAUGUCAGGUUCUCUAUGAUAGCUGGACUGGUGUAUGGUGUCAUGGUACAUGUCAUGUUCUCUAUGAUAGCUGAACUGGUGUAUGGUAUCAUGGUACAUGGAAGGUUCUCUAUGACUAUGUAGAUACUGUUUACACCAGCUAAAUCAAGUCCAGGCAGACAUUAGUCAUUUGUCAGACAGUUUACAUGGCAACAGAUACUCUUCUGGUACCUUUAAAAUAUGUACACUGUGUAUUACAGUGGUCUAACGGACUUUGAGAUCCAAAGUCAGUUUAGCUAACUAUCAUUGCAAUAUAAGUAAUAUUCACAGAAUAUUUUGGGAAUACUUAAGUUUCUUACCCAAUGUGGAAACCAACUUCCACAAAAAGGGGCCUCUGGCCACUUACCAAGCUGCUACACUGGGGGCCUAGAGUUAGCAGGCCAAACUUACCAGCUGCUACACUGGGGGCCUAGAGUUAGCAGGCCAAACUUACCAGCUGCUACACUGGGGGCCUAGAGUUAGCAGGCCAAACUUACCAGCUGCUACACUGGGGGCCUAGAGUUAGCAGGCCAAACUUACCAGCUGCUACACUGGGGGCCUAGAGUUAGCAGGCCAAACUUACCAGCUGCUACACUGGGGGCCUAGAGUUAGCAGGCCAAACUUACCAGCUGCUACACUGGGGGCCUAGAGUUAGCAGGCCAAACUUACCAGCUGCUACACUGGGGGCCUAGAGUUAGCAGGCCAAACUUACCAGCUGCUACACUGGGGGCCUAGAGUUAGCAGGCCAAACUUACCAGCUGCUACACUGGGGGCCUAGAGUUAGCAGGCCAAACUUACCAGCUGCUACACUGGGGGCCUAGAGUUAGCAGGCCAAACUUACCAGCUGCUACACUGGGGGCCUAGAGUUAGCAGGCCAAACUUACCAGCUGCUACACUGGGGGCCUAGAGUUAGCAGCCCAAACUUACCAGCUGCUACACUGGGGGCCUAGAGUUAGCAGCCCAAACUUACCAGCUGCUACACUGGGGGCCUAGAGUUAGCAGGCCAAACUUACCAGCUGCUACACUGGGGGCCUAGAGUUAGCAGGCCAAACUUACCAGCUGCUACACUGGGGGCCUAGAGUUAGCAGGCCAAACUUACCAGCUGCUACACUGGGGGCCUAGAGUUAGCAGGCCAAACUUACCAGCUGCUACACUGGGGGCCUAGAGUUAGCAGGCCAAACUUACCAGCUGCUACACUGGGGGCCUAGAGUUAGCAGGCCAAACUUACCAGCUGCUACACUGGGGGCCUAGAGUUAGCAGGCCAAACUUACCAGCUGCUACACUGGGGGCCUAGAGUUAGCAGGCCAAACUUACCAGCUGCUACACUGGGGGCCUAGAGUUAGCAGGCCAAACUUACCAGCUGCUACACUGGGGGCCUAGAGUUAGCAGGCCAAACUUACCAGCUGCUACACUGGGGGCCUAGAGUUAGCAGGCCAAACUUAGCAGCUGCUACACUGGGGGCCUAGAGUUAGCAGGCCAAACUUACCAGCUGCUACACUGGGGGCCUAGAGUUAGCAGGCCAAACUUAGGAGUCCUGUGGGGUACCUGUAGACAGGUCUUUCUUGUCAAAUAUAUAUUUGUUUAUGUCAGUGAGGAUAACCUGUUUAAAUAAAGGUUAGAUAAAGUGAAAAUGUGUUUCAAAAAGCAAUUGAUCAAUUGAGGGGAGUUGAGGGACAUGUAUGAUGGUGGAAUAUCACCAGUCCCCCAUCAUGACUAUACCAAAUCAAAUAAAAUCCAAUCAAAUUUUAUUGGCCACAUGCGCCGAAUACAACAGGUGCAGACAUUACAAUGAAAUGCUUACUUACAGCCCUUAACCAACAGUGCAUUUAUUUUUUAAUAAAAAAGUAGAAUAAAACAAACAAAAAAGUGUUGAGAAAAAAAGAGCAGAAGUAAAAUAAAAUAACAGUAGGGAGGCUAUAUACACAGGGGGGUACUGGUGCAGAGUCAAUGUGCGGGGGCACCGGCUAGUUGAGGUAGUUGAAGUAAUAUGUACCAGGUUCCCUCUCUCUGUUGCUAGGUAGAAUCUAUAGGUUCUGUUAUGUCUGUUGGCAUCUAUAGGUUAUGUUAUCUGUUGGUAGUUAGCAUCUACAGUAUAGCAGGGGUAGGCAAUUAGAUUCAGCCGCGGGCCGAUUUUUGUCGGAGUGGCUGGUCUGGAACAUAAUUAUAAUAAAUUGUACACUGCAAAUUGACCACAACUAAGCCAAAAAAUAUAUUAUAUUUGUAAAUAGCAAUGAUUUCAUACCUUACAUUGUGACACGAUCACAUAUGUCUCUUUUUUUGUUUGUGGGAAUACUUGGGAACAGAUUUCCUAAAUUAAACUAAUUGUUCGCGGAAUUCCUGGUGAUUUUACAGUCUUUUUUUAAAAACAAAAACUAAAAUUGAAUGCCAUGAACCAAGAGGUUGUGAGUUCAAAUCCCAGGUGAGGACAUGUUGAAUAAUAAUUACUCUAUAAAUGAACAUGCACAAAGUAAUCAUGUAUGUCAACGUGUGUCAAAUAUGUAAGUUGAAAACAUUGUAUGUUAAAGCACUGUGUAACCAGGUACACAGUAUUUUUUAGUUAAGAUGCCGAAUAAGAAUUUAUAUAAUUUUUCCCAAAGUUUUCUCAAGUUGGAGCAAAGUUUUUAGGCCAACAAUUUUUUGUUGUUGUUCAUUUAACACUGGGAACAAAAGGUUGAGUAAACUAUAAAAAGGCUGUGGAACCAGUUACUUAAUAAUAAUGAGUUAAAACAACUACAUUUGUGGAUGUUUUGUUACAGUCUGGGUUAUGUAAUGUCUGUGGUUCAGUAGCAUGUCAGUGUAAUGAUCUGGUCUCGAACCCUUGAUUCACUGGGAUAGAGACUAUGAGACUGAGAGAAGCUGUACGAGCCAAGUAUCGUACACACACCCUGUCCAAAUACUGGCCUGCCGUGAAAAGUGAUAUUGAGACAGGCAGGAUAUACAACCUCUCCCUGGAUAAUCCUUCAAGUUAGAGGUGAAGACGAAAUGUCAUAUCGAACAGAAUGUCAAAGUAUCGUCUCAUCACGUUAUUCCCCCUAUCUUCCUCCCCGUCCCCUCCCUCCCUCCCUCCCUCCCUCCCUCCCUCCCUCCCUCAAUCCCUCCCUCCCUCCCUCCCUCCCUCCCUCCCUCCCUCAAUCCGUCCGUCCCUCCCUCCCUCCCUCCCUCCCUCCCUCCCUCCCUCCCUCCCUCUUUCCCCCCACUCCCUCCCUGUCUCUUUCCCUCUUUCCAGGACAUCUCAGACAGCAAUCCAAUCAUGUCUAAAGGAAAAGAUGUGGGUUCUGCCUUCAUCCAGACGCAGCAGCUGCACGCUGCCAUGGCUGACACCUUCCUGGAGCACAUGUGUCUUCUGGACAUCGACUCCGCCCCAGCCAAGUCUCGCAACACCGGAAUCAUCUGCACCAUCGGUCAGUGGAGAACACCCCCCCCCCCCCCCUCCUCACCUCCUUGUGUUUAUCAUACUGAAGUCAGUUUCAGUUCUAUUGCUCUUCCAUCAGUGUAAUCGUUACAGAGCACUUCAUAGAAGGCCCUAGGCCUAUACUACAGCAAUCCAGCGAUGUGUUUUUACAUUCUGUGUGAGCAGGUCUACUGAAGGCCUAUAUCCCUCUAAAACCCUUGCUUGUCAUCUUGUCCGUCUGCAGGACCCGCCUCCAGAAAAGUGGAUAUGCUGAAGGAGAUGAUCAAAUCUGGGAUGAACAUUGCAAGAAUGAACUUCUCUCACGGAACUCAUGAGGUCAGUGGUGUUGCCCAGGACAACAUUCUCUCGUUAGAUCACACUAAACUAGUGCUGAAGCCAAGGUAAAGGGCUCUAGUGGUGAACCUGAUGCCCCCACAGCUGUUCACGGAUUUAGACUAGUGCUGAGUUACAAACUGACCCCUAGCCCUUACUCCCUGGUACCUCAAGUUGAUCUGAAAAGGGAAAGCAAUAUGGUGACAUUUCCACUCAGCUGAGUAUAAAGACUGCCGGUUUGUCUUGAGUGAGUCUGCAGCCUGGCCAGUCUCCUAAUAUAACCUUUAGGGAGUCUACCAGAGCCCAGCCAGCCUUAUUGUGACAUUAUCACUGGACCAUUUAAAUGCCAGUGUCUGUAAGCUGAUCUGAACCCUCGUAUUUGCUCUUCAGUGCCCUCUCCUCCUCCUCCUCCUCCUCCCCCAGUCAUCCUCUCUUGUCUUUAGCUGAUCAGUAGUACAGCUAGAUGGAUCAUAGCCAGGUCCUGGCACUAGGCUUUACACCUCUCCCCUUUAAAAGUCAGGGCUUUUUAACUUUGUCACCCUGCAGGGCACCCAGAGUGCACCUGGAAAGCUCACAGCCAGUUGCAGUAUUCUAUAAAGAGCGAUACUUGUAAAAAAAAUUAAACUUUUAUUAUAUAUUUGAAUCAGACUUAUAUAUUUGAAUCAGACAAAAGCCAACGGUACUGUUAUGACUCACCAAUAGUGGGUACUCAGCACCUCUGAACAGAAUGCCGUCUGUAAUUUGUGAACCCGAGUGCAAAUGAUUUUACAUGUAGAAUUGCACGACAAUGUCGGCAGUCAGACGUCGACAGCGCGCUGAACGAUUGGUAGAUGAACAGGAGAUCCACAUUCGGUGCGAUGUGUGCGGCCCUUUAAUGGCUUGUCCCAAGAACACGUUCUCUUCUCUGAAGUUGUACAGGACUGUUGAUAGAUGAUAUUCAACUUGCGUAUCACACGUUAUCAGUGUGUCCAUUCCUCCAUUACUCUUUAGGACUGUUCAUUCUGGUCCAACCACACAAAUACUGUCAUUAAUGUUCAUUAAUGUUCAGCCUCAGUUCGUCGGGGCAUUGACUCUACAAGGUGUAGAAAGCGUUCCACAGGGAUGCUGGCCCAUGUUGACUCCAAUGCUUCACACAGUUGUGUCAAGUUGGCUGGAUGGUGGACCAUUCUUGAUACACACAGGAAACUGUUGAGCGUGAAAAACCCAGCAGCAGUUCUUGACAAACUCAAAACGGUGCGCCUGGCACCUACUACCAUACCCUGUUCAAAGGCACUUAAAUAUUUUGUCUUGCCCAUUCACCCUCUGAAUGGCACACAUACACAAUCCAUGUCUCAAUUGUCUCAAGGCUUGAAAAUCCUUAUUUAACCUGUCUCCUCCCCUUCAUCUACACUGAUUGAAGGGGAUUUAACAGGUAACAUCAAUAAGGGAUCGUAGCUUUCCCCUGGAUUCACCUGGUAAAUCUAUGUCAUGGAAAGAGCAGCUGUUCCUAAUGUUUUGUCAAUUCAGUGUAGAUUGGGUGUUAGCUAAACUGCAUCACAGGAGGUGUGGAGUCACGUUCACCAUUUAAGUUCUAGUUUCUAAAUUAGAAAUGGAGGUGUGGCUUGAAGACGAGAUCGACAGAGAGUAGGGUUGCAAAAUUAACUUUCCCCAAAUUUCCAGAAAUUCCGGUUUAAGGAUUCCCAGAUUUCCUCCUUAUUCCCCCCAUGAUUCAGAGAAUCUUACAACUGGGAUUUCUGGAAAAACAACCUCAACAGAGAAGAUCCCCCAGAGGCAGGAGCAGGGUAUCUGAACUUAGCUUUAAACAUAUAUAAUGCAGAAUAUUAUAAUAAUGUGACAUGUCUCUCAUGUCUUGAGGUCAGAGCUAAGAGACAUUAUCAGAAGGGCAAAGGAAACUUGACCUCUGCCCCUGGUCAGGUGGUCAGAAUAGCUAUAAAUAGCUGUGAGUCUCCUAGUCUCAGGUUCUCAGCAAAAACUGUUUAGGGGCAGCAAGAGAGGCAGAGCUAUGCUACGUGGCUAUUCUAUUUCAUGUAUGCCAUUUAGCAGUUGCUUUUAUCCAAAAGUGAUUUACAGUUAUUUUUGACAUGUAUAUUUUAGUAAUUUAGCAGACGCUCUUAUCCAGAGCGACUUACAGUUAGUGAGUGGAUACAUUUUCUAACUUUUUUUUCUUCUUCCUGUACUGGUUGGUCCCCCGUGGGAAUCGAACCCACAACCCUGGCGUUGCAAGCGCCAUGCUCUACCAACUGAAGCAUACAUUUAUUUUAUAUGGAUAGGCCCAGUGGGAAUACAGCGUACCUUACCUCUACCAAAUGAGCCACACAGGACCUAUUCAUUUUAAUAUAACCAAGGCCAAAACAUAACAAAUUAUUAAAUCGUCCUUUGUCUGUCACCCAUUAAUCAUUGUUGCUUUCAACACUGAGGUAUAGCACGAGGCAGUAAGCAUUUUUAAGCAGUAGCCUAGUUAUAACUUGAUACCAGAUGGAUAGGUGGGCCUUUGCCUUGGCGAACGUGCAGUUCAUAUCUAGGUCAGACUUUAAAGGUCAAAUAGGGGCUGCCUAUAUUAGUCCUGUUUCACUGUAUGUACAAGUGGGUAACCUGUACGAGUGUGAGGUGUAUAUCCCAACUUUGAGACACCCUUGGAGAGUGGGGUCACGGACAGGGAUCAGCCAUUAUUGUUAGCAACCCUGGAGAAAUUAGGGUUAAGUGCCUUGCUCAAGGGCACAUCAACAGAUUUUUCACCUAGUCGGCUCGGGGAUUCAAACAAGCGACCUUUUCGGUUUUUGUCCCAAUGUUCUUAACCGCUAGGCCACCAUACAUUUAUCACCUCAUAUGGUUUUCUGCUGGAACCAAAUGUGUUGCAGGCGCCAAAAUCCUAACAGUUUUAUUACAUCAAGUUAUGAAAGCUUCUACUAUAUGUGUACAGUAUAAUAUUACAGUCUACUGAAUAUGACCACGCCGGUCACCUUGGUCACGUCUGCUCUUAAUAUAGACAUAACACUUUGACAUAGUUGCUACUAAAUCUAAUGUAAUUAACGUCAAUAUUUUACAGAGUAAAAAAAAUAAUAUAUAUUAUUUAUUUAUGUCAUUUACAGUGUGGAAAUCCUCCUGUCUCUACAUGAUAGGACUCCCCCUACACAGUAUAUCAAAUCAAAUCAAAUUAAACAUUAUAUAAAGUGUAUUCAAAAUUGCAAUACACUAUUACCUAUCUGGGCGAUAUCAAUUUGUCCAGCUCGGUAACUAAACCACCUGAGCAUUCCAAAGUGGAAUUUGGGAUUUCUCAAGAUUCUGUGCUUGGACCCCUAUCAUUUUUGUAUUCUACAGUACUGUUCUGAAACCACCUAUGAUGUCUCUAAAUGAUCUGACACCCCCUACAGUACCAUGCUGAGACCAUCAAGAACGUCCGUGAGGCCACCGAGAGCUUCGGACAUGGAACCGUCGAGUACAGACCAGUGGCCAUCGCUCUUGACACCAAGGGACCUGAGAUCAGGACAGGACUGAUCAAGGGCGUGAGUAUUAAUUUAUUGUGAACCUUCAUGAAAAGCCAAACGGAUGAACAGAGGCAUGUACUAGUUCAAGUUUUCAAGUUGGAAAUCUUACUUAACACACCAAGUCUCUCACAAUAAAAACAGCAUGAAAAAAUGGCAAGAAAAAUAAACAUAUACAGUGGGGAGAACAAGUAUUUGAUACACUGCCGAUUUUGCAGGUUGUCCUACUUACAAAGCAUGUAGAGGUCUGUCAUUUUUAUCAUAGGUACACUUCAACUGUGAGAGACGGAAUCUAAAACAAAAAUCCAGAAAAUCACGUUGUAUGAUUUUUAAGUAAUUAAUUUGCAUUUUAUUGCAUGACAUAAGUAUUUGAUACAUCAGAAAAGCAGAACUUAAUAUUUGGUACAGAAACCUUUGUUUGCAAUUACAGAGAUCAUACGUUUCCUGUAGGUCUUGACCAGGUUUGCACACACUGCAGCAGGGAUUUUGGCCCACUCCUCCAUACAGACCUUCUCCAUAUCCUUCAGGUUUCGGGGCUGUCGCUGGGCAAUACGGACUUUCAGCUCCCUCCAAAGAUUUUCUAUUGGGUUCAGAUCUGGAGACUGGCUAGGCCACUCCAGGACCUUGAGAUGCUUCUUACGGAGCCACUCCUUAGUUGCCCUGGCUGUGUGUUUCGGGUCGUUGUCAUGCUGGAAGACCCAGCCACGACCCAUCUUCAAUGCUCUUACUGAGGGAAGGAGGUUGUUGGCCAAGAUCUCGUGAUACAUGGCCCCAUCCAUCCUCCCCUCAAUACGGUGCAGUCGUCCUGUCCCCUUUGCAGAAAAGCAUCCCCAAAGAAUGAUGUUUCCACCUCCAUGCUUCACGGUUGUGAUGGUGUUCUUGGGGUUGUACUCAUCCUUCUUCUUCCUCCAAACACGGCGAGUGGAGUUUAGAGCAAAAAGCUCUAUUUUUGUCUCAUCAGACCACAUGACCUUCUCCCAUUCCUCCUCUGGAUCAUCCAGAUGGUCAUUGGCAAACUUCAGACGAGCCUGGACAUGCGCUGGCUUGAGCAGGGGGACCUUGCAUGCGCUGCAGGAUUUUAAUCCAUGACGGCGUAGUGUGUUACUAAUGGUUUUCUUUGAGAUUGUGGUCCCAGCUCUCUUCAGGUCAUUGACCAGGUCCUGCCGUGUAGUUCUGGGCUGAUCCCUCACCUUCCUCAUGAUCAUUGAUGCCCCACGAGGUGAGAUCUUGCAUGGAGCCCCAGACCGAGGGUGAUUGACUGUCAUCUUGAACUUCUUCCAUUUUCUAAUAAUUGCGCCAACAGUUGUUGCCUUCUCACCAAGCUGCUUGCCUAUUGUCCUGUAGCCCAUCCCAGCCUUGUGCAGGUCUACAAUUUUAUCCCUGAUGUCCUUACACAGCUCUCUGGUCUUGGCCAUUGUGGAGAGAUUGGAGUCUGUUUGAUUGAGUGUGUGGGCAGGUGUCUUUUAUACAGGUAACGAGUUCAAACAGGUGCAGUUAAUACAGGUAAUGAGUGGAGAACAGGAGGGCUUCUUAAAGAAAAACUAACAGGUCUGUGAGAGACGGAAUUCUUACUGGUUGGUAGGUGAUCAAAUACUUAUGUCAUGCAAUAAAAUGCAAAUUAAUUACUUAAAAAUCAUACAACGUGAUUUUCUGGAUUUUUGUUUUAGAUUCCGUCUCUCACAGUUGAAGUGUAUCUAUGAUAAAAAUUACAGACCUCUACAUGCUUUGUAAGUAGGAAAACCUGCAAAAUCAGCAGUGUAUCAAAUACUUGUUCUCCCCACUGUACAGCAAUGAAAUCUCAAAGCAGUACAGUACAACACUGCUAGAUUCAGGGCAGCAACAAAGGCUCUCCAUUUCUGUUUGUCUUUGGUCAUCUUUUCUACAGCCGGAUAUACAUUUACAUUUACAUUUUAGUCAUUUAGCAGACGCUCUUAUCCUGAGCGACUUACAGUUAGUGAGUGCAUACAUAAUUUUUUAUACUUGCCCCCCGUGGGAAUCGAACCCACAACCCUGGCGUUGCAAACGCCAUGCUCUACCAACUGAGCUACAUCCCUGCCGGCCAUUCCCUCCCCUACCCUGGACGACGCUGGGCCAAUUGUGCGCCACCCCAUUGGUCUCCCGUUCGCGGCCGGCUACGACAGAGCCUGGAUAUACAUAAAGUACUGUCGCACAGUAGAACGCUACUAGCAUCCGAAUGUGUGAAUUGAUCAUGAGCCCUGUCGUUCCCCGUGGAGAUAUACAGUACAGAAUACUAAUAAUAAUAGUUAUAUAGUGUAAUUAUAUGAUUCUUCUCCUGUACAGAGCGGCGAAGCUGAGGUUGAGCUGAAGAAGGGAGGACACAUCAAGCUGACCCUGGACGACAAGUACAAGGAUAACUGCGAUGAGAAUCACCUGUGGCUGGACUACAAGAACAUCACCAAGAUCCUGAAGGUCGGAGCUCACGUCUACAUUGACGAUGGCCUCAUGUCCCUGAAGGUGAAGGAAGUCGGUGAGUAUCCUAGCAACAUCCUACUGUAGCAACACCAUAACACUUUCACAACAUGGAAUUUUAGAGGAAGUAGCUACACACCAAAGUAACCAAGGUGCCUGUUGAAACAAAAUGGUUCCCCAGGCUCUGACUUCCUGGACUGUGAGAUUGAGAACGGUGGUACUCUGGGCUCCAAGAAGGGUGUGAACCUGCCCGGUGCUGCUGUGGACCUGCCCGCUGUCUCUGAGAAGGACAUCCAGGAUCUGCAGUUCGGUGUGGAGCAGGGAGUGGACAUGGUCUUCGCCUCCUUCAUCCGUAAGGCAGCCGACGUGCACGCUGUCAGGAAGGUGCUGGGAGAGAAGGGCAAGGACAUCAAGAUCAUCUCCAAGCUGGAGAACCACGAGGGUGUGCGCAGGUGUGCAUCUAAAAGAUAUAGGCCUCACUCUGGAAAUGAGAACGUGUUACCUGGUAAAAUAAGUCUUAUGUAAAUACACAAUGCAAUGCAUGGUCACAUUACAGUGUCUCAUUUUGGAAAUGUUCAAAAGAAAAACAGUAAGAAAUCUCUGCUUGAAAGAUCCUACUCUUGAGCAUUAGUUCAGUCGCUUGGAAAAACAGAUGCCCAAUGCAAUUCCUUGAUAUUGACUCAAACUAUGUUAUCAUUUGUCUAUGCAUAGAUUCGAUGAGAUCCUGGAGGCUAGCGAUGGCAUCAUGGUUGCCCGUGGUGACCUGGGUAUUGAGAUCCCCACAGAGAAGGUGUUCAUUGCCCAGAAGAUGAUGACCGGACGCUGCAACAGGAUGGGCAAGCCCAUCACCUGCGCCACACAGGUCAGACACGUCAUCAGCGGACUAACCAAAUCAACCUUUACCCCCUACACACGUGUGUAGAUCUGAGAGGAUUGGAUAGGUGUAAGCAAUAUGAUGGUAGCUCGAUCUUGCUGAAAGGACAUGUGGAAUUGUUGCCAUACUGCAAAUGCUUAUCCAGUCUCAGAUCUCCAACUAUCCAACCUCUAGUGGCUAGGGGUAAGGCCUAGGGGUUGAUUAGAAGUUCAGGAUGUGACGCCCCCCCCCCUCCUCCUUGCAGAUGCUGGAGAGUAUGAUUAAGAAGCCCCGCCCCACCCGUGCUGAGGGUUCCGAUGUCGCCAACGCCGUUCUGGACGGUAACGAUUGCAUCAUGCUGAGUGGUGAGACCGCCAAGGGAGACUACCCACUGGAGGCUGUCCGCACACAGCACAAGGUGAGAGGAUAGAUAAGAGUGCCCUCUAUAGGCAUGGUCUCUAUAGGCCCCUCCCUCCCUCCUCUUCCUUUUUUUAUUUUUCAUCCUGGCCCACCGUGGGAAACGAACCCACAAUUUUGGCGUUGUAAACAACAUGCUCUACCAACUGAGCUACAUCCCUGCCGGCCAUUCCCUCCCCUACCCUGGACGACGCUGGGCCAAUUGUGUGCCGCCCCAUGGGUCACGACAGAGCCUCUCUCCCCCUCCUCCUCCUCCCCUCUUCCCACUCCUCCCUCCUCCUCCCCCCUCCCCCUAUCCCCCUAUUGGUCUUCACUGCAUCUGUUUCGGGCAUUUUGUGACUGUGGCAUCAGAUUGCUCCAUCAUCAGCACGUCUGAGGAUCUGCACCACAACUCAGUGUUCUUUCGGGUAUACAGCCCACAAUGAUUAUAAUAACUAGUGGAUACUACACUUCUUAACUUGCACCUUCAGAAGCCUAAUUUUAUACCUGGUGCUAACAUGCUUCCUUUGUCCCGAUCUUGUCCACACUCUGAUUGUACCCACAUUGUACUGUAGCUGUUGCAUCUACACUGGUAGUAAAAUGUGUCUCUUGUCCGUCCACUGUGUCCGCAUUGUGAGCGGAUAUCCUGGGUCCUCCCUGUAUGCAAAUUAUUCAACAUACCUGUAUGUUCUUUCAAAGUAAUAUUUUUUUAACACACAUAUUGAUGCCAUUAGGUUAAUGGCGUCACCUGUCAAUGAUUUGAGAGGGCGGGAUAAUUAUGAUUAAAUGGUUUCACUGUCCAGAUCAAUCUACACUUGAAAAGAUAUCCAGUCACAAUGCCAUUUAUGACUACCACCGAAGGUUGUCAGGCAGAUCUGAUCACAAUCAGAUCACAAUGCGUCUUUGUGUGUCCGGAUUCCAUUUUCCGCGCUAUAUUCAAAUGCCAGAAUGCAUUCUACAAACGGUGGAAUAUACAAAGUAUGAUAAUAACAGCAACAGCUGAUGGUAGUAGCUAACCUCUGUAGCUAGCCAGCUAACCUCUGUAGCUAGCCAGCAAGCUAGCAAGCAACGCCAAAGGGAUUGCAAACGGAUUAGUAUAACUAUAGCCAAACAAAAAAUUGUUUUUUCUAAAUAUUAGCUAGCUGGCUAGCAUUUAUGGAGGCCAGCUAACACGUUCCUCACACACUAGUAACGUAUUUCCUCCAACGUUAUAAUGAAAAGGUGCCUCUAGGUCCCAAAACACACGUUUUCUGGAGACUUGUGGGAGGAGUGCUGAUGACCGUCGUCCACUGUAUGCGCUUUCGGUAGCCUGAUUGCGUCCAGACUGAGGAGAAAUCGGCACACAAUGCAUCCCUGACCACCUCCUGAAGUGGUCAGCCAGAUCUGAACAAAAUCAGACCACAAAGCGACUUUUGUGCGUAUAGACCCGUCUUUUCAAUGCGAUCUUCGUAUUCUGAUAGCAGAGGUCGCAUGUAAGUGUCACGUGUAGACACAACCUUUUAAACAUCUACAAAAUGUGGGCACAAUCUGAACGUGGACAAGAUCUGGACAAAUGACGCAUGUUAGCACCAGGUAUAAACAGGGCUAGAUAUAGUAGUAUGCACAAAUGGGUGCCUCUAUUAGCAUUUGACUGUGGCUGUAUGAAGCCGUCACUGUUGUAGCUGUUCAUGUUUAGGAGUCAGGACUUUAUUUUAGGGGUGUAUGAAACUCAUUUAGCCCCCUAGUUUAGGUAGAGUGUCAUUGUGGUCUAAAUCUGUGCCGACCUUGCUCCAUGUUAUCUGUACAAUACUGUAUGACAGGAAUCUGACACCUGUCAUCUCUCUCUCCCUUCCUUCCUCCCUACCUCCCUCCCCCCCCCCCCCCCUCUCUCUCUCUCUCUCUCUCUCUCUCCUCCCUCCCCCUCUCUCUCUCCCUCCCUCCCUAACUCCCUCCCUCUCUCUGCCUCUCUCUCACUCCCUCCCUCCCUCUCUCUCUCUCUCUCGCUCUCUCUCCCUAACUCCAUCCCUCCCUCCCUAACUCCAUCCCUCCCUCCCUAACUCCCUCCCUAACUCCCUCCCUCUCUCUGCCUUUCUCUCUUCCUCUCCCCUCCAGAUUGCUCGUGAGGCCGAGGCCGCCAUGUUCCACAGGCAGAUGUUCGAGGAGCUCUGUCGUACCUCCCACCUGACCCGUGACCCAUCUGAGUCCGUUGCCAUCGGCGCCGUUGAGGCGUCCUUCAAGUGCUGCGCCAGCGCCAUCAUUGUGCUCACCAAGUCUGGCAGGUACGAACCAAUCAGAGAGCAGAACACACACGAUACUCUCUCCACCUCUAUUCUGCCUCUGAAGGAAAGGACAAACAUGAACGACAUGGCACUGAUGACAACCUCAGGAAUAGAAUGUGCUUUACUCCAUCCUCUUGGAUCCAUGACAGGGUCAUAGGGUCACAGGGUCACAGGGUCACAGGGUCACAGGGUCACAGGGUCACAGGGUCACAGGAUCACAGGGUGACAGGGUGCUCACUCAGAAAAGGUUAACACUCAUUUGAUUCAGUUGCACUUGAAUUUAGUGCAGUACAGUUGUUAAUUUGUCUCCAGUCCUCUCCCAUCCACCUCUCCCUCUCACCCCAGCCCUGUAGCAGACUCAGCCCUGUAGCAGAGACUCAGCCCUGUAGCAGACUCAGCCCUGUAGCAGAGACUCAGCCCUGUAGCAGACUCAGCCCUGUAGCAGAGACUCAGCCCUGUAGCAGAGACUCAGCCCUGUAGCAGAGACUCAGCCCUUUAGCAGAGACUCAGCCCUUUAGCAGAGACUCAGCCCUGUAGCAGACUCAGCCCUUUAGCAGAGACUCAGCCCUGUAGCAGAGACUCAGCCCUGUAGCAGAGACUCAGCCCUGUAGCAGAGACUCAGCCCUGUAGCAGAGACUCAGCCCUGUAGCAGAGACUCAGCCCUGUAGCAGAGACUCAGCCAUGUAGCAGAGACUCAGCCCUGUUGCAGAGACCCAUGACUUGUAUUCAGUGAGCCAAGUCCCUGCAGCACACGAUCUGGGAUCCUCUAGUUCCCAACCUUUAGAGUCCUGAACCCUGACAUUUAGGAAGUUCAUUAUAACUCUCCUCUCCACUCCACUCCUCUCCACUCCACUCCUCUCCACUGCUCUACUCUCCACUGCUCUACUCUCCACUGCUCUACUCUCCACUCCACUCCUCUCCACUGCUCUACUCUCCACUGCUCUACUCUCCACUCCACUCCUCUCCACUGCUCUACUCUCCACUGCUCUACUCUCCACUCCACUUCUCUCUACUCCUCUCCUCUCCUCUUCUCUCCACUCCGCUCUACGCUCCACUCCUCUACUCUCCACUCCUCUACUCGUCACUCCACACCUCUCCUCUCCUCUCCACUCCUUUCCUCCACUCCCCUCCUCUCCACUCAAAGUUCAGAAACACCCCGCGCCACUAUACAGUAUAGAUACACUAUACAGUAGUCAGCUCUGUGCUGAAAUGUGAUGAUAUUUUUACAUUUUGAUUGAGAAUUAUUACUGUUAACCUUCCACUGCUGUGUCCAGAGUUUGUAUGAAGUGUGUGUUUAUUCUGGACUCUAAUCUGCUGUUCCUUCCUGUGUCUGGUUCUAGAUCCGCCCACCUGCUGUCCAGGUACAGGCCCCGUGCCCCCAUCAUCGCUGUGACCCGCUGCGGCCAGACUGCCCGCCAGGCUCAUCUGUACCGCGGUAUCUACCCCGUGCUGUACACCAAGCCUGCCAACGAUGUCUGGGCCGAGGAUGUCGACCUCCGCAUAAACUUCGCCUUGGAGAUGGGUGAGUAAUAACACUGUUCUUAUCUCUGACUCUGAAGGUUUUAUGUGCAAUGAUCGUGAUCCUUGUUUUACCUAGUUUAGUUGAAUGCACUGGAGAAGAGUGUCUUCUAAGUGACUAAAAUGUAAUGUGAAAUCUCUGCGGGGAAAAGUGUAUUGCAAUGUGAUUCGCAAAUAUUCAAUCAUCAAAUAAGUUAAACGCAAAACUUAGUAAGGCUAGCUCUGUCUCUUUCUCCUGUUCUGGUACCAUUAACACCUCUCUGUCUCUUUCUCCUGUUCUGGUACCAUUAACACCUCUCUGUCUCUUUCUCCUGUUCUGGUACCAUUAACACCUCUCUGUCUCUUUCUCCUGUUCUGGUACCAUUAACACCUCUCUGUCUCUUUCUCCUGUUCUGGUACCAUUAACACCUCUCUGUCUCUUUCUCCUGUUCUGGUACCAUUAACACCUCUCUGUCUCUUUCUCCUGUUCUGGUACCAUUAACACCUCUCUGUCUCUUUCCCCUCCAACAGGAAAGCAUCGUCAGUUCUUCAAGUCUGGAGAUGUGGUCAUUGUUGUGACCGGCUGGCGUCCAGGCUCUGGUUACACCAACACCAUGCGCAUUGUGCUUGUCCCU